CGAUACUUACAAUCAAUUCACCAAGUCGCGUGGGCCUGAUUAUUGAAGAGGCAAUCAAGAGCUUCUUUGAGUACACAUUCAUGGGCGCUUCUCUUUGCUAGAGGCCGACGUGGAGGUUGGCACCUUGUAGAGGCUUGGGACGCCAUAAAUAGGCGGUAUCAUUUCUCAAACGCAGACGGUUUCUUUCCGUCUCCUUUUCCAUGAUGGCGGGCAAGAAACAAUUCCGGCCCGACAUUGACUUCACUCUGCGUCGCGUCUUCAAAAAACACUCAUUUCGGGCUCUCCAACGAGAAGUCAUAAACGCUGCUCUCGGCGGCGAAGAUGUCUUCCUCCAAGCGGCAACUUCGUUUGGUAAAAGCUUAUGCUUCCAACUGCCUGCUGUCGUUGAUCAUGGCAUAACGAUCGUCAUAUCUCCUCUCCUCGCUCUGAUGAAUAACCAAGUCGCCGCCAUGCGCGCCGCAGGCAUCAAAGUCGCCACAAUCAACAGCACAACGCCCCAUUCCGACAAGGCCGCCAUCAUGGACGACCUCCAAUGCGGGCACCCUCUUACUCGCCUUCUUUACGUAACCCCUGAGUUCUGCCAACUCGACCACUUCCGCAAGAUCCUCCGCGUCAUCUACACGCAGUGCGAGCUCGCCCGCAUCGCCAUCGACGAAGCCCACUGCAUCAGCGAAUGGGGCCAUGACUUCCGCCCCUCCUUCCAGGCCCUCUCAUUUUUUAAACGCGAGUUCCCCGAUGUCCCCAUGAUAUGCACAACCGCUACUGCUACUGCACGCGUGCGAGAAGACAUCAUCACCACGCUCAAGCUCGACCCGGCCAAACUCAAGAUCUUCACGAUGACCACGAGCCGCCCGAAUUUGCACUAUGAGGUUAGGUUCAAGUCGGACGAGGAAGACCACUACCCGGACUUUCUUGCCUGGCUCCGCGCAGCUCACACCCGGCGUGCCGCAAACACCCCCAGGGGAACACAGCUCGCGGCGCUGAACCUGCGCGCUGACAACGUCCCAGGUAUUAUAUACACCCUCUUCCGCAAGGACUGCGAAUCCCUCGCCGCGCGGCUUCGCGCAGACGGCAUUGGUGCGAAGCCAUACCACGCUGGCCUCCCCCACACUGAUCGCGCAGACCAUUUAGCGGGCUGGGUCGCCAACCGUGAAGGCUACGACGUUAUCGUUGCCACCACUGCGUUUGGUAUGGGCAUCGACAAAGAAAACGUCCGCUUUGUCGUGCACUGGCAGAUCCCCAAGUCCUUCGAAGGCUUUUACCAAGAAGCCGGACGAGCUGGACGGGACGGGAAAGCCUCUGUCUGCAUCCUGUAUUACGGCCGCGAGGACCGCGAUCGAGCCGCGAACAUGAUGGCGCGGGAAAACGCGAAACAUCAUCAUGCGGGCGCGGCGCAGCAGGCGCAGAUAAUGAGUCGGGCGAAGAGCUUGCAGGCGCUGAUUGCGUACUGUGAGAGCACAACGGGGUGCAGGCACGCGGCGAUCUCGAGGUAUUUUGCGGAUACGAACAAACCGAAGUGUGAGUGGGCGUGUGAUUGGUGUAAGGAUGCGGUGGCGUUGGUGAAGAGGAAGGAGAGGGGGUUGGCGAGUGAGGAGUGGUGCUCCACGCAGAGGGAGGCGGGGGCGUAUGUAGUGGAUGACUAUGAUUGAGGGGAGUGGUACAUGAAAGGAGUUUAAGCGUUCAGUGGGUGUCUUUGGGCUAUAUGGUAUAAUGAUACUUUAAAAAGGCACUGCUCACGUCUUCGAGGCUUGAAAAGGAGUAGCUAUAACACAAUCAUGGGUUGAAAUACUCUACAGCAGAUCUUUGUA